UGAUGCUGUUGAUGCUGUGCGAGUGUGUGAAUAUUGCUGAGCGUGUAGAGUGGUUUCACAUCAGUUUCUCAUGUGACUAAUUUGUGUAGAAAGUGUUCAUGACACUUGGACAGUGGAACCAACAUGGCCCACAUCACGUGACCCAUAUGCGCAGGGGAGGAGUGGAGUAGGAACCAACAUGGCUGCCCUGUAUGGUCAUGUGAUAGAUGUGAAACCACUCCAUACAAGUACAAAUACAGCAAUGUGGUGGGCACUGGUUCAUUGAACCCAGUGUUGCACUGUGGGUCACAUUUCACUCAGUACAGUGCUGGCAAGUGAAAUCCAGCCCUGAGAAAACCCCAAUCGUGGGACUGUGCAACCCAAGCCCUGUGAACAGUGGACUGUGCAGUGAAAUGUGCCUCUGUUCUACUCAUCGGGUUGGAUUUCAUUUGUCAUCACUGCAUGUACAACUCCACUUGGUUCCGUGCUGUAAGAAGUGAGCAUGUGCAAGUAUUCCUUCCCUGUCUCCUUGCAACAGUCGCUAAGACAUCAGCUAUCUUCUAAUCAGCUCUCUUCUUCGAUCACACCGACUGACGCGAGGGUAGCUCGGCUGGAAGCGCCAAGCACAAGGGCUGAGAGUACCGUUUCACAGAGAAGCGAAGACGAGAGUAAGCAAACAGUGGAGGCACAGAACAAGGUAAACUGAUGCUUCUAUGCCGCUGAGUAUCUAGUCACACAUAGCUUCUGAAAAAAUAAUAUUUUGCUGCUGGCUUGCAAACAUACUGAUUGAUGUGUUUGUGAAAAUUAAUUGAUGGCCUUGAAUCCUUUUCUGCUUUUGCUAAUAUAAGUGAGCAAGGCCAAACACCACCGGCAAAUAAAUGUCAGGUGAUCUACUUACAUUGUGAAUGUCUGACCUUCAGGGUAGUAGGCAUUGCGUGAUGUCUUGUUUCUUUGCUAGCCCUCCCUCCCCCUCUCCAUGACCACCAUCCGCCAUGCAAACCAACGUCAGGUGCAAAACACGAAUGAAUCUCCUUGGUCAGCUGGUUUCCCUGUGCCCAAAGGCAGAAGGCGUCGAUUCCUUGCAGUGUCAGGAUUACAAGGCCAGCACUCUGAAGCCCAAUCGGUGGGUCUACCAUGCAACCCGUACGCGAUUUGCAUUUUGUGAUGUAUGGCAUGCAUCCUGGAGUUUUCUUUGUUUUGCUUCGGCGUACACCGUGCCCAUUAGAUUAUCACCAGUCUUGAGUCUCAGCUAACAACUGCCGCGGAAGAAAUAAGAUCUCUCAGAGAACAGUUCACAAAACGUCUCAGAAAACAACGAGCCAAAUCGGCGGAGCUUCGAACGGAGGCCGGAAUAACGAUUAUGACCUUGAGGGAGGAGAAUGUCCAUCUCACCGCGGAGAAUGAGCAACUAAAAAAUGACGUGGAGAGGCUGCGCAGCGAAAAGCAGGCAACCCGUGCCACACAGGGCCACGGUGAUGAGGACGACGACAGCGACAGCGGCGCAGGCUAUCUUGCCCUGGUCACAGAGCUCUCCAGUCAAGUGGAGCGCCUCACCACAGAGCUGAGGAAGGCGCAGAGGAAGAUCAAGAGCCUUCAGCGGCCUCCGAGAGCACCAGCUGGUUCUACGCCCCUACUCCACGGUGAUGCCAUGGAUACGAUAAAUCGGUGGGUCCGGGACGAGCCGGCAUGAUCAAAAUGGCAGUGAGCAGUACACUGAGUAACCAUGGCAACGUUCUGUCUCACUUUUAAAAACGGUGACUUAUUACCUAUAUGUAUGCAGUUGUGUAGACACUACCCUGUAGACCACAUACAGACUGAUAUGACCUCUUUCCUCGACAAACUAUUCGAUUGUUUACAGACAGACAGGUAUCUGCUUUCACUGCUGUAAUGCCUGACAUGAUAUUAUACUAUAUAAUACGGGUGUGACGCGCAGAGCCUUUUGUUGUGAUAUUGUUAUCUGCUGAUCUUCGAAAUGUAACUCUCGGCGCCAGAGCAUAUAACCUGUUUUAUUCUGUUACUGGUGCUAGUGUGGUUGGAUACAGAGACAGUUGGAACGAUGAGCUAAGUUAGAAGUGUAUGUACUGGAAGUGCACGUGCUUGUACUGUGUGCAAUACACUCAUUGGAGGUGAAAC